AUGAGUCCAGAUCAACAGAGGACUAGAGAUAAUACCAGGAGGUCAAAGGGUGAGUCAAAAACAUCAACUGGGAGAUUGGAUGGUGGACCAUAUCCUUGUACAAGUCACAUAUCUUAUGACAAUAAUUCUGGUGCCAAGAAAUUAAUGCUUGAAUACGACAUUGACGAAACAUUGGAAAUCAAGGAAGAAAUCGUCGAAGAUCAAGAGAAAGUCCCGGUACUUAAUACCAAAUUUGAGUCAAAAGUAUGCACCAAAAAUAUACGUGAAGAUGAUACGCUAGCUUCCGACAAUAAACUGCAGAUCCCAGAGAAUCCAAAAAUUCAGGAUUCAAAACUGGAAAAGAAGUACACAUGCGUAAAGUGUGAUCGAACCUAUAAACAUAAAUAUAAUUUGACUUAUCAUCAAAACUGGAUUUGCCAAGUCAUGCCACAGUUCAAAUGUAAAUACUGCGCCAGACAAUUUAAGCGCAGAUUUAACAUGCAUAGCCACAUAGAACACGUGCAUCAUAAAACAAAUUUGAGAACGUCGGAAUUGAUGCAUAAUUCUGACAAGUGUGCUGAGAUUUAUUCUUCGUCACGUGCCUUACUAUACCGUAAAUCUGAAGUACAAGCAACAGUCAAACCUCUACUUUUUUGCGACUAUUGUGCCUAUAAAACGCUUCGAAAGUGUAAUUUGAAAAGACACAUUGUUUGUCGCCAUUUUAAGUAAUUUAGUUAAUGAAAUCUCAAUCCUUAGAACAUUUCUGAAACAA